AUGGCUGGAUCCGCAAGACCUUCGUCGCUGUCCAGAUGUAUGGCGCCCUCGGCGGCGCUGGCACAGGAAUCUCUUUUCCUGGAACAUCACCCUGGGCCGGCUGGAAGAUGCCUGGGACCUCUUUCGGAAGAUGCCCAGCAGCGAUACCGUGCCGUGGAAUCUCAUAAUGCCGCUCACGGAUCUCAUCUCCUGGACGCUGAUCGUCACGGGUCACGUCGCGCGGGGCAAGAUCGAGGAGGGAUCCAGGCGAUGCCGGAGAGGAGCGCUGUGGCUUGGAACGCGAUGAUCCAGGCGAGCUGUCAGGAAGGGGAUGUGGAUGCCGCAGCGUCGCUUUUCACGGCCAAGACGCCUGGGCGGGAUUGUAGCUCCUGGACGUCGAUGAUCUCUGGCUAUGCCAGGAACGAUCGAAUCGGGGCGGCAGUGGCGGUAUUUUGGCGAAUGCCGACGUGGAGCCUCAUUUCCUGGAACGCCAUGGCCAUUGCGCCGGCCGAGAGCGGCGAUCUCUCCUCGGCCAAGAAUCUCUUGGAUCGCAUCCCAGAGAAGAACUGCGUCUCCUGGAACGCGAUGAUCCAGGCCUACACAGCGAGCGGGGGUUUGAUCGCCGCUGUAGAGGUCUUCGAUCGAAUGCCGCAGCCCGACGUGAUCUCCUUCACCACGAUUGCCGUGGCGAUCGCACAGGGCGGGGAUCUGGACCGCGCCAGGGCGCUGUUGGAUGCCAUGCCAGAGCGAAAUCUUGUUUCCCGGAACGCGAUGAUGGCCGGCUACGCCCAGAGUGGAGUUGGCGACCACGAAGUUGCCGUACACCAGUCUCAACAAUCCCUGCUGGAUGGUUUAAUGAUCUGUCCUCCAUUGAGACUGUAG